GAGCCCCGAAGAACCCACAACCAGAAAACCAAAAUCCAAAAGAUAGCAACAGGAAAAGAAAAAGCGUAGAGACACAAACGAUAGAAAGGGACGCUCGUCUCGUCACGUCCCCCACCGCCGCCGCCGCCAUGGCUGCUCUGGGCCGGGGCAUCGGCCUCCUCUUCCUCGGCGUCCUCCUCUUGGCCGUCGCCGGUGCCGCCUCCGCGGCGCCCGGCGGCAUGUCCAUCAUCUCGUACAACGAGGAGCACGGCGCGCGGGGGCUGGAGCGGACGGAGGCGGAGGUCCGGGCGAUGUACGAGCUCUGGCUCGUUGAGCACGGCCGCCGCGUCUCCAACGUACUCGGCGAGCACGACAGCCGCUUCCGCGUGUUCUGGGACAACCUCCGCUUCGUCGACGCCCAUAACGAGCGCGCCGGGGAGCACGGAUUCCGCCUCGGGAUGAACCAGUUCGCGGAUCUCACCAACGACGAGUUCCGCGCCGCCUACCUCGGCGCCAGGAUCCCCGCCGCCCGGAGUGGAAACGCCGUGGGGGAGAUGUACCGUCAUGACGGCGCCGAGGAGCUGCCGGAGAGCGUCGACUGGAGGGAGAAGGGGGCUGUUGCGCCCGUCAAGAACCAGGGGCAAUGCGGAAGUUGCUGGGCUUUCUCUGCAGUAAGCUCAGUAGAGAGCAUUAACCAAAUUGUUACUGGUGAGAUGGUGACGUUGUCCGAGCAGGAGCUUGUAGAGUGCUCUACUGAUGGAGGGAACAGUGGCUGCAAUGGUGGGCUUAUGGAUGCUGCCUUUAACUUCAUCAUAAAGAACGGAGGCAUUGAUACUGAAGAUGACUACCCUUACAAAGCAGUCGAUGGAAAGUGCGACAUCAACAGGAGAAAUGCCAAGGUUGUGAGCAUUGAUGCCUUUGAAGAUGUGCCUGAAAAUGAUGAGAAAUCAUUACAGAAGGCAGUUGCUCACCAGCCAGUUAGCGUUGCCAUUGAGGCUGGUGGCCGGCAGUUCCAGCUUUACAAAUCGGGUGUGUUCAGUGGAAGUUGCACCACAAACCUUGAUCACGGUGUAGUUGCAGUCGGUUAUGGCACUGAGAAUGGCAAGGACUACUGGAUUGUCCGCAACUCAUGGGGUCCAAAGUGGGGUGAGGCUGGUUAUAUCCGUAUGGAGAGGAACAUCAAUGCCACCACUGGGAAGUGUGGAAUUGCUAUGAUGGCAUCCUACCCUACUAAGAAGGGCGCAAACCCUCCCAAGCCAUCUCCAACUCCUCCAACACCGCCUCCCCCAGUUGCACCUGACCAUGUCUGCGACGAGAACUUUGUCUGCUCAGCAGGCAGCACCUGCUGCUGUGCAUUUGGCUUCAGGAACGUCUGCUUGGUCUGGGGUUGCUGCCCGAUUGAAGGUGCCACCUGCUGCAAGGAUCACGCCAGCUGCUGCCCGCCGGACUACCCUGUCUGCAACAUUAGGGCUCGAACUUGCUCAGUGAGCAAGAACAGCCCACUGAGCGUCAAGGCCUUGAAGCGCACCCUCGCCAAGCUGAACACCGCAUGAGCUUGUCCGAUCUUGGAGGGAUGGGACUGCCGGAGCUUUUCUGACUCUGGCGUUCAGAUAUUGUCCAAAAUUCGGUCAAGACAAGCUUUCAUAGAUUAUAUUGUAUCUAAUUAUUACUUAUCGUCCCAUGAAUCCGCUGUAAAUAACUAGCUACCAUCUGUACCUCUGAUUAAAGGAUAUUUGUCAUGGAUUGAGUUCCAUAAUUUCAAGUUUAAUUGAUCGAUGUCAUUGGAAUUUAUUUA